AUGAAGAAGUUUAUUCAGAACCAGAAGCGUAAAAUCCUGCGAGAGGGAGCCCAUCCCCUCGAGGGCCGCGAGCUGCAGGUCGGCCCGUACAAGCUGCGGGUGGGCGUGUUGAUCGCGGGCGGGGGGUAUGCGAGCGUCUACGAGUGCACAGACAGGAACAGCGGCCAACCCUUUGCUCUGAAGCAUGUGCGCGUCAACGGCAACGCGGAGGUCAUGGCGGACACGCAGCGCGAGGUUCGCGCGCUGGAGGUCCUGCGCGGGCAGCCGUCCAUCCUGCGCCUGCACGCGUCGCAGGUCCACGGCGAGCGCGGCAAGGAGGAGUUUUUCCUCCUGCUGGACCUGUGCCGCGGGGACCUCACCGACUACGUGCUCGGCGGGGCCGGACGCGAAAUGACGGCCGUGCAGAUGCUGCUCAUCUUCCGCCAGGUCCUGCAGGCCGUCGCCGCGAUGCACGGCCAGGACCCCCCCAUGCUGCACCGGGACAUCAAGGCACAAAACGUGCUGCACACCGCCGACGGCAGGUGGGUGCUGUGCGACUUCGGGUCCGUGUCGACGGCCUCGGAAGCGCUGUCGGACAUGGCCCAGAUCGUGCGGGAGGAAGAGAUGCUGCGCAAGAAGACCACCCCGGCCUACCGCGCGCCCGAGCUGUGGGACCUGUACAGUGGCAAGCCAGUGGGCCCGAAGGCUGACAUCUGGGCGCUGGGGUGCCUCCUGUACCUGAUGUGCAGCGACCAGCUGCCGUUCACGGGGGAGUCCCAGCUCGAAGUGUCGUCCGGGCGCGUGAAGCGGCCCGCCGGCACGCAGCGCGCCACACCGCAGGUGGCGGACCUGUGUCUGUCCAUGCUUCGGCUCGACCCGGCGGCCCGACCGGACGUGUUCACCGUCCUGACCGUCGUCGACGCCCUGUUGAACGACUCCGGGGCCACCUACCGGCCAGGCGCGGCGCCCGGGUCGGGAGCCUGGAAGACACAGCAGCAGCACGCGCAACCUCAAGCCGGGUGGGCCGCCGACUGGGGCGAGGCAGCCGCGUUCCCGGCCACCGCGCCAGCAGCGCAGCAGCCGGCGCCGGCCAAGUUCGGGCUGUCCGGCAGCGCGACGGGUCUGCUGGACCUGUUUGAGAACGGCGCCACCCCCACCGGGCAACAGUCGCCGAGCGUCCCCAGCGGCGCCCCCGUGCAGGAGCAGACGGGCGGGGCCGAGGACCGCGCCGCAUCGUCGGGGGCGGGGUCGUUCUGGACCAAGGGGUUCAAGGCUGACCCACUGAGUGACGUAGGCAAGGCUGCGGCGCGGCCGUCGUCAGGGCGGCCCGCAGGCGCGCGACAGGGCUCAGGCGCGGACGGCGGACGGCCGUCGAGCGGGCGCCCCGCGCAGCAGGAGCCUGUCGACAGCGAGUCGGACAAAGUGUCGCGCGCGUCAGCACCGACGCGGGCGCCCAAGCGCACCGGGAGCGUGAAGUCGACGGCGAGCACUGACGCUGGGUCGCUGGCCGACGGUGGGGGCUCCCGACACAGGCUGGUGUCGCCGACGGCGCAGGCUGCAAGGUCGUCGAACGAGCGGCAGGUUGGACGCACGCCGUCGUCGGGCGGCCCGGCGGAGCGCUCCGAGGGGAGUGUGCGGGAGCGGGAGAUCGCGCGGAUGCGCGCGGAGGAGUUGAAGCGCCAGGAGGAGGAGAAGGAGCUGCGGCGGAAGCGCCAGGAGCGGGAGCGCGCAUUGCAGGAGCGCGCCGAACGGGAGGCGGCGGCACGGGAGCGGCUGGAGCGGCAGCGAGCGGAGCGCGACAAGGCGGAUCGUGCGGAGCGGGAGCGGAGGGAGCGGGAGCGGAGGGAGCGGGAGAGCAAGGAGCGGGCGGAGCAGCAGGAGCCGCAACAACAACAACCGCAGACUGCGGCGCGGGAGGACCUGCUGCAGCGGCUGAUGCAGGAGAACUCGGCGCUGCGGAAGGAGGUCGCCCGGCUCGCGGCGCGCGUGGAGGAGCAGGGCGCGCUACUGGCGAGCCUCGCGUCGGGCAAGGAGGGGGGGGACUGGGUCAAGGAGGGCACGCAGCCCACGUCGCCGGCGAUGCACUCCGAGGACCCCUUCCUGCCCACGGUCGGCCCGCUCAGCAGGGUGCGGGAGGAGGCGCUGCCCCCGAACCCCAGUGGGAGGUCGCGGCCGGCGCUGGCGCGCAUCAUCUCCGGCGUGGGCGCCACGGACGGGAUGGACCCGACCCUGGUGUCCCCCCACCUGGAGGAGGAAGCCAGCGGGGCCUCCGCACACAAGAAGCGCGGAACUGGCGGGAUCUUCAGCCGCAAGCGCGGCCACAGGCGCACGAAGAGCGACUGGACGAGCGACUCGUUCGAUCCAGCCGCCAUGGACCUGCUGUCCGAACAGUGA